UUAUGGUGACGUGUUUGAGUGACGUCACGCCUCAGGUCACAGACUCUCCACCUCACUGAGGAACAGCAGCAGGAGGAACACGGAGCUCCGGUCAGGAUUGGGAUUUGACUUCCUUAACGUAUCAAAGCGGAACUAUGGAUGAUUUAAGCCUCCGCCACGGUGGCUCCGUGUUUGCGGGGCUGGUGGGAGCGUCGCAGGUGCUCGGCCUUGUGUCCGUGGUUCUGACUGGGGUGUGGAUGGGUCACUACCGAGGCGGUUUUGCCUGGGAUGGUUCGGCUCAUGAGUUCAACCUGCACCCUCUUUGCAUGGUGCUGGGCCUGAUUUUCCUGCAUGGCGAUGCCAUUUUAGUUUACAGAGUUUUUUGUAAUGAAGCAAAAAAACAUGUGAAGCUGCUUCAUGGCAUUAUUCACCUGCUCGCCCUCAUCAUCAGUAUCAUAGGGGUUGUAGCUGUGUUUGACUUUCACAGAGCAGCCAAGAUCCCAGACAUGUACUCUCUUCACAGCUGGUGUGGCGUGGCCACCCUAAUCUUCUUCUGCUUACAGUGGGUGUUAGGUUUGCUGUUUUUCCUUUUUCCUGUUGCAUCGUCAUGGUUACGAGCCACAUACCUCCCUAUCCAUGUGUUCUGUGGCCUCACUCUGUUGGUCAUGGCCAUAGGGACGAGCCUGCUGGGCAUCACAGAGAAACUCCUGUUCAGCAUUACGGAUACAUACUCUCUGUUUGCCCCAGAAGGGGUGCUGGCCAACAUGUUGGGGAUCCUGCUGCUGUUUUAUGGGGUGCUGCUAGUUUACCUGAUCACCAGGGAGGAGUACAGACGUCCCCCAAACCCCGAGGAAGAGUCUCUGUCUGUCCACUUCAAGAACCUGACUGAGGGUGGGGUGCCAACAACACCCUGAAGCUCCAACUGACACUGUCACAUCUGGGCCUUUCUCAUAAAAACAAUGUUUGUGUAAGCUGUGAUUUUUACAAAGUAUAAAAUAACAGGGAGCAGUUAUGAUUUUCUCUACCCUGAAAACAAAACUAAUUUAUUUUCACUUUCCUCCCAGCUACCAAGCUUUACCUAAAAUUGUGUAUUUGUGCUACAGAAUAUACAUGUUAAUCUAUUAAUGCAUCACAUGAAUGACUGAAAUACGCAUGUAUCAUAAACUACGUUUGUGAAAAUAGCAACAGUCGUUGGUGCUUAAAAAAGAAAAAAAGGAGCAUUAAAGGUGAAUUUCCAAAAAGCUAUUUCCCUUUUUCAUAAAAAUCAGCUAAUCCAAAGUUUUAGGACAGAUCCCCAAAUCAAUGUUUUAUUCAAGAUAGUUUAAUUUGAAAUAUUUUCCUUAUUAUAUUAAACUCAUGAAGUAUGACAUAAUUCUGUCUUUAUCAAAGCUGUUAUAUUAUAAACAGAUUAAAUAAAUUGCUCAGUAAUGACAACAGCAGCAGAAAACACAGUAAUAACAAUAUUAAGAAUAAGAAAAUCAAUCAGUUAAACUGGAAAUAAAAUUUCUACUCCACAUGCCCCGUCAAUGGGGAGCGGCCACCUCAUUAGCAUUGUGAGAGGAUAUGUGGUGGAACACGAAAGGUGGCGUUUUUGAGCCUGUAUUCAGCUUUUUCAGCCUGUAUUCAG